AUGAAUAGGUAUCGAGUGCUGGUAUUCGCCGCAUUCAUGUUUAUUUCUGCUACAAGUGUACUGCCGUGGAAUUUAUUUAUAAAUGCGCAUGAGUAUUAUCACUACAAGCUCCGUAAUGUAACUGAGAAUGCAACUUUAAGUGAUGAAAAAGAUGACACCGAACUACAGCGUUCAUAUGAAGGCUGGGUUACACUUACAGGUGGUGUUUCAUGUGCUUUUGGCUCGGGAAUAAAUUUUUUGAAAGCUUUUGCUGAUUUCCCAUCAAAAAAUUUUCCAUACACAUAUUUCAUAUUGGGACAUUCUUUACGAAUUCGAGCAGGUCAUACGGUCGUACUAUUGUCACUUGUUCCUACGGUUUUAUUGACAUAUAUCAAUACUGAUGCAUUUCAGUCAGCUUUCUUCUGCAUUUCAAUGGUACUCGCUUCCUUAGCCAGUUUUGGUUCCAUUGGUUUGAUUGCUUGUGGUCUUUUGGGAUUUUCAGCGAAAUUUCCAUCUGAAAAUGUACAAGCAGUAAUGAUUGGUCAGUCAGUGGCUGGCAUUUUGAGUUCACUGUUGAGCAUUGUUUGCCAAAGUUUAGCGGCUAAUGCCCUUGUGAAUGGUCGUUUAUUUUUUGUAAUUGCUUUCGUUUGGACUAUUUUGAGUGUUUUUCUUUACGAAUUAUUGGUCCGUUCAAAAGAAACCGAAUUGUUACUUAUCGAUGAGGGUAGCAGGAUUGACCAGUCGUCUGAUCAACGGCUUCUUGAUAAUGUUGACAACACUUUCGAAGCAGAUGAAUCUCCGCUUCAUUUGAGAUCGACGGAAACUCAUUCUUUGUGGAGCGACGCAGAACAAGUAUGGAAAAAAACUAAAGUGGAGUGGUGGGCUGGUUUUAUCAUUUUUUUCGGCACUAUGACAGCUUUUCCAGCUGUAUCGUCAUUGGUUCAAACAAGUGCGAAAAAUUUAGUUUGGAAAAAUUAUUUUUCGUCUCUCGCAUGCUUUUUAUUAUUCAACUGUGGUGAUGCAUUUGGCCGUUUAGUUGUGAAUUUCUGUAGGCUGAGGGAAAAAGCCUUGAUAAUGCUGUCGUUUCUUCGGCUGCUCGCUAUUCCGGUGCUUUUUUUCUGCAAUAUUAAUCCACGUUAUCAUUCUGUAACAUUAUUUCGUAGUGAUGAAGUUUUUAUUUCAACAAUGUUACUGUUUUCGAUUUCAAAUGGGUUCCUGUUUACAACAGCUACUAUUAAUGCGACAAGCAAAGUGCAUGCUGAAUUACGUGAAUUAGCCGGAAGCAUGUUUGGAUUUAUGGCAGUAAUUUCAACACUAUGUGGCUCGCUGAUUGGUUUAUUACUUGUUAAAGCUAUGUAA